CUGAAGCUUUUUCCCUUCAAAAGCCCAAGUACCUGCAAGGGCUUUGUGAUCCUGCAGUGAGGCUGGAAACUAUGGAACAGCUGCAAGAGCGCGAUGAGGCAUGUCUGGAAGCCCGAGAGCUGCUCAGUAACUGGGCUAAGUCCAAACUGCAGCUGGAGCUGACAAGUGAUGGAGAAGCAGAAGUUGACUCUGUCCCGGAAAAUCCUACAGCCCUUCUGAAGUAUAAGCGGUUUGAUGACUUGUACAACUAUCUGGAACAUGAAUUGGAAAGUUCUUCUGUCCAAGAGUACCUACAGCAUCUUUCACAGAGUGAAAUUGUGAACUGUGGGAUAGUGGAAAACCUCAGACUUGAAGACAUCAAGGGAAAACAAAAACCUGCAGAUCCACGAAUAACCAUGGAGCUCAGACACAAGCAGGUAAAAGAAAAUCGACUGAGGCGUCAGAAGGCAUUAGAGCUUCAGAGACAAGAAAAGGCUCUGAGGAAGGCCAUUCUGUGCGAGGCCAAGCUUCAAAUACAGGAGGAGGACAGAAGGAAGGCCCUGAAGGCAAAGAAGGAGGAGGAGGAGAUCCGAAGGGAAAUGGUGAAGCUACGAAAGGAAAUGGCUGAGAAGAGGCAAACUAUGGCAGAAGCAUGGAGAAUGGAACAGAAAAGGGAACAAGAAAAAAGCCAGAAGCUGUCAGUGCAGGAGGUAUCUACUAAUGUGUCACCACCUAUGGACCUGAAGAAAGAAGAGCAAGGAAAGGAGAAACAGAGGAAGGUUCAGGAGCUGCUGAGCCGAAUUCACACCAAUAAACAGAGAUGCAUGCAGCGGCAUUUCUCUGCUUGGUUCAGACUCAUUCUGGAGCACAGAAUUAAAAUGGAGAAAGCCAGAGCUCUUGCUGACUGGAAAUGCCAACAGAAGGUCCUGCGAGCAUGGAGAAACUACACAUGGGCCCAGAAAAUAGAGCGGGAGACACAGCAAUUAGAAGUUCAUCUGCAAGAUCAAAACAGGAAAAACCAGCUGUCAGCAGAGCAUAACCAGCGGCGGCUUUUGCGCUCCUGCUUUCUGGCAUGGCAGCGCUGGAGCCAAGCAGAGGCUGAAAAACGAGAGCUGCAGCUCAAGAGAGAGGAGAUGAAGAGGAAGAUGGCACAGCUGUUGGAGACAGUGUCACUGGGGAAGAGUAGCUUGAACAGAACACUGGAGGUCAGCAAGUCUGAGACAGCAAAAGCAAACCAGCAUCAGGUUUUGCAGCAAGACGAGCCAACCAAAACAUGCCUCAUGCAGGAAGAACCUGACCAGAUCAGAGACCACUCUUGUGGGGAUGCUGCUCACAUGUCUCAUUCUUAUAGAAAACCCAAGUUUGCCUGGCAGAACACCAUCAAACAUGCAGCCCCGAGUGCCCAGGACCAGGUUAUGUACAGGAAUGAAAUAGCUGGUCUUCCCAAGCAGUUUCAAGCACCCAGCCCAAUGACAGCUCCUGCUUAUGGUAGCUGUUUUGAGUAUCGUCACACCUUCCAGCAACAUCUGAUUGAGGAGCAAAAGCAGCAGCUUCAGAAACAGCAAGAGCUGAUCCUUGAACUGCAAGAAAAUCAGAGGCUGAGCAGAGCAAACGAAGAGGCAGUGCAAGCUACAGUGGCAACCCAGGCACUUGACUCUGCUUCACAAACCAAGGAGAAAAAACUGAAAAGCAGAAAACAAUCCAGAUGCCAGAAUACAACUCCUUUGAGUCUACUUGUUUCUUGUGAGCCAGAGAACACAAAGGCAGCGACGCAAGGCAAGAGGUCAGCUCAUCCCAUAGUGAAAGCUAUGGAGGAGAGAGCAAUUCAGAGGGCAGAACGGAGGAGGAAACUAGAAGAAGCUAAACAACAAAGAGAAGAGGAAAAAUUGGCCCAGCUGAAGGCUGAAGAGGAAGCACGUCAGAGGAAGGAGGCUGAGGAAAAGGAAGCUCAGCAAGAAAAAAGACGAGAGCAGAAGAGGCAGCAGAAGCUGAAAGAGCUGGAGAAGCAAAGAAGGCUGGAGAAAGAGCAACAGCUCCAGAAAAAGGCCAGAGAUCACUAUGAGAAGGCCCUACUGAGAAAACUGGGAAUGGUGCCAUGGAAGAAGCUAAGGGAGCAGGCCAUGGAAAGCAUGAUGGUGGCCCAAAGGCACUACUGCUCGAGUCUGCAGAGGAAAUGCCUGAUGAAUUGGUUCCAGCACACCCAGGAGAGACUCAUGGAGAAGGUGUCUCGGGCUGAGGCCUUCUUCUCCCACACAUCGAUCAGAUGGUGCUUCAGGAACUGGCUAAAGUACAAAGAUUACUUCUCCACUCUGGAGAAGAAAGCAAGUGCUUUCCAUGCAGUCUGCCUCAAGAGGAAGUCUUUCUGGGCAUGGUUUGAUCUGAUCAUGGAGGAAAAAAGCACCUUAAAGGAGAAGCUAAAGAUUGCUACUGAACACUGUAACAAGAGACUCAUGCUUGAUGCAUUCAAGGCUUGGAGGCAGUACCCACUACUGAUGAAAAAGGAAAGAGAGAGAGAGGAAAGGAGGAACCAGCUACGAAGGAGAGUGGCUGAAAUUCUUCCUGACUUCCAAACAUGACAGAAGAAACUGAAAGGAGACUGGGAAAAUGGACAAAAGGUCUCCUUCUGUUCAGUGCUAUCUUUCUUCCAGCUGAAACAAAUUCAAGAUGAAGUUCUGUUCAGUGAAAAUGGUAGUCUUACAGCCAAAGCAAGUUCCCUGGGGCCAAACCAAACGUAUAUGGAACUUAGUUUGAUGUUUUUACUUUGGACUUGAGGGAGAGUUCUUCCCCAUGAGAUCCUCCCAUGAUGAAGUCUCCAUAGGGAUUUAUGGGCUGGUAGCAGCAAGGCCUAGGUAGCCACAGCAUUUCAAGCUGAGACCAUUUCUACACUCAAAAGCUGCAGCCCUGACGCUAAUCCACCCCAGCUCAGGAAGUGGAGAACUGAGAUGUAUCUAUUAAGCAGAAACCUUGGUGCUUUUCUGUUGCCAGUACUCCACAGAAUGACAAAUUGACCAGAGAGCAAACAGACUUGACUAUCAGCUGAUCCCUGCUAACCACUGCUGUGAACUUGGCCACACAAAGAACAGAUUUUAGCUAAUUGUGCCAGGGAAGUUUGGAUGGGAGGAGAAGAGCUGUUUGUGCAAAUCCUAUUUACUAACAGAAUAGAUCACAGCAUCACAUAUGGAUAGUCUAAAACCUGGACUUCUACAGUGACUGUCUAGUUUGUAGUGCUGUCCAGUUCAGAGGCAUGGUGCUUUGAUUUUGGUGGCAAGCGGUUAUUCCAGGUUUAUGAACCUCUUAUGAUAAAGAUCCCCUCCUACCUAAGCCAUUCUAAAAUCAUCUAGUUCCAACCCCCUGCCAGCCAUCACAUCUGGCUGCCCAGAAUCCUAGCCAACCUGGCCUUGUAUAUCUCCAGAGAUGGGGCAUCCACAACCUCUCUUGGCAGCCUGUGCCAGUACCUCAUCACCCUCUGAGUAAAUAAAAAAUUCUUCCUACCAUCUAACCUAAAUCUACCCUCUUUUAGUUUAAAGCCAUUACUCUUGUCCUGUCACUAUCAGACUGUGUAAAAAGUCAGUCUCCCUGCUGCUUCUGACCUCCCUUCCUGGAAGACCACAAUGAGGUCUCCCCAGAGCCUUCUCUACUCCGAGCCAAACAAGCCAAACUCCCUCAACCUUCUCUCAUAGUAGAGGUGCACCAGCCAUUUGACUAUCAUCAUGGCCCUCCUCAGGACUUGCUUUAACAGCUCCACAUCCUUCUUAUUCUGGGGACCCCAGGCUCGGACACAGCACUGCAGAUAGGCCCUUGUGAGUGCACAGUAGAGGGGAAUAAUCCCCUCCCUCUCUCUACUGGCCAUUCCUCUUUUGAUGCAGACCAGGAUUCCAUUGGCCUUUUGUGCUGCAAGCACACACCGAUGGCUCAUGUCCAGCCUUUUGUCUAUCAGGACUCCCAAGUCCUUCUUCACAGGGCUGCUCUUAAUAAGUUGUUCUCCUAGUCUGCACUUGUAUAUGGGAUUGCCACUCUCCCAAAACGUCACACUUGGCCUUGUUGAACCUCCUUAGAUUCUCAUUUGCCCACUUCUCAAGCAUGUCUAGGUCCCUCUGGAUGGCAUCCCUCCCUUCUGUUGUGUCCUCUUGCUUCAUGUCUGUCACAUAAACAUUCUCCAGGCUGGUUCACUGUAAUAUUUAAAGAUUCAUUGUGCAAGUCUGUCUAGGCCCUUUCACUUGACCCAUACCUCAAACAAAAAAAACGCUGACUGUUUUUACAUAAGCUAGAACUGACAUAAUCAAAAGGAAGGUUUCUCUUAACUCUAACCUUAACCUGCAGCAUAGUGCAGAUACACUAAUGCAGCUAAGGUACGGUCUUUUCUUCAGCAGUAGCAUAAGGGAGGAGUCUGGAAAUGCUUUCCCCCCAAGAUAGGUGAAGUUGUCUCCAAAAUAGCUUGGCAAUAUGGAAAAUACCAGGGCAAAGCAAGGAAGGUGGCAGUUUACCGUUACCCAUUGUACUGGAUAAUUUUCUUAAUCCUGUAUAUGCACUGAACGUUUUCAGUACACCCAAAUCUGAAAUGAACAUAACCAGGUUUUCAGUAUCAAUGUGACAGAAGCUGACUGAAUGAUUGGAGUCUGUGUCUAGGGAGCGUGGACCAGAGCUAAGCACUAUUGAUUAAGCAGUGUAGGAUAGGCCAGUUUCCAAAGCUUAAGAAGCUUUAGUUUCAGAAGAUAGUCUGUCCAGAGAGCCUCCCCUCUCACACAAGCUGGGCUGCCCAACUGACUCAGUGUCUUUCUGAAGACGUCUGCUAUGCCCAGGCUGCCUCCCUCCCAAGAAUGUUAACAUCUACCACUCUCCCCACGGCAAAUGACAGACCUGACCACCACCAGGUCAGAUGAGCGUGCUAUCCAAGUGCAGGGAGCUGAAGGUGCCCACACAGAGUGUGGGCGAGUACAGACCAUCUGGCUGCAUUAAAAGCAGAUUGUGAGAGGAAGCUACAAGCUGAGAGGGUAGAAUAACUCAUCUUGCAGAGGGGGAAAUAGGCACUGCAGAAGGAUGGUAUCUCUUGCAGAGGACUGAGCCAAGGAGGCUAGCCAUAGGCUAAGCAGAGCUAAGUCUCUCACAUGUUAAAAGGGUACUGCAUAUCACCAGCUGCUCAGGAGUGCAUCUAGUUUACUGAACUGUGGAUUCUUCCUCCAACAAUGCCAUAGUUGUGCAUUUUGUGCCCACUCACCAGCCAUGAAAAUAAUGCUGCUUCUGUAGAGCAUGACUGUACUUUAGGUGGAAGGGGGGGG